AUGAACAGCACAGACCCAAGCCAUGCUGCGGACGAAGCCCCUGACAAGGACCAGGGCCGAGUGGCAGUCGCCUCAGCCUACCAGAGCUUUGAGCCCCGUGCCUACCUUGGCAACAACUAUGCACCCCCUCGUGGGGACCUGAGCAAACCCGAUGGCGUGGGGCCUUGGAAACUGCGCUGCUUGGCACAGACCUUUGCCACUGGUGAGAUAUCUGGCCACACCCUCAUUGACAUUGGCUCAGGCCCCACCAUAUACCAACUGCUCAGUGCCUGUGCCCACUUUGAGGACAUCACCAUGACAGAUUUCCUGGAGGUGAACCGCCAGGAGUUGGAACUCUGGCUUCGGGAGGAGCCUGGGGCCUUCAACUGGAAUGUGUACAGCCAGCAUGUCUGCCUCAUUGAAGGAAAAGGUGAGUCCUGGCAGGAGAAGGAAUGUCAGCUUCGAGCUAGGGUGAAGCGGGUCCUGCCCAUUGACGUACAUCAGUCGCAGCCCCUGGGUACUGGGAGCUUGGCACCCCUGCCUGCUGAUGCCCUGGUCUCUACCUUCUGUCUGGAGGCUGUGAGCCCGGAUCUUGCCAGCUUCCAGCAGGCCUUGGAUCACAUCACCACGCUGCUAAGGCCUGGGGGGCACCUCCUCCUCAUCGGGGCCCUGGAGGAGUCGUGGUACCUGGCUGGGGAAGCCAGGCUGAUGGUAGUCCCUGUCCGUGAGGAGGAGGUGAGAGCAGCGCUGCUGCACAGUGGCUAUGAGGUACGGGAUCUACGCACCUACGUCAUGCCCGCCCACCUGAGGACAGGUGUGGACGAUGUCAAGGGCAUCUUCUUUGCCUGGGCCCAGAAGAAGGUCAUAUGA